UCCCUGCCCAACCCCCUCCCGUCCCGCCUCUCACCCACAAAAAUUUCUCCCCUUCCCGCCCACCGCGCCCUCUCCCCUAUGGCCUCGCCGGCGAAGCGCGCGAAGCCCUCGUUGCCAGGGAAGCCCCCUGGGACGCCGUCUCCGGAGGACGCUUCCGCUACUGAGGACCCCGUCGUCCUCCUCCGCCGCCGAUGGGAGCUCGCCUCCGUGCUCCACUUUCUCCGGGUGUUCGAGCCGGUCAUCGAGGGGGGACUGAGGCUCUCGGCGGAGGAAAUCGAGACGGCGCUCGUCCUGAACAACCGCGACCUCGCUCGCAUCCACAUUGCCCUUUUGAAGGGAAUACCACCAGUUAACAAAAAUCUCAAGGUUGAGGAUGGGUGGAUUAUAGUAACCGCCAAGAAGCUAUCAGAUUGGUGGUCAUGGGUUGCUGAAGGAGCAAACCCAUUGAGAAGCAAUCCAGGGAAGGAAGUCGAGACGUAUAAGCAGCAGGACUCAAUCAAACGUUUGCUAAUACUUAAAGCGCUCUGUGAAGUUCGAUCUGAGCAAGAUGAUGCAGUCUGGUAUGUUAAUGAUGAAAUGAAGAAAGGAAUUGGCAUUUCCAACUUUCGAAAAGAAAAGCUAGGGAGUGGUAGUAACGGGACUAUAUACUGGUACGAUGGAGAUUCAACUAUUGGCCAUAGAUUAUACACAGAAGAUGUAACAGUUGAUUAUAAGCAGAAUUGGAAGGGAAAGGGUGGUCAUCUGACUAAACCAGUUAUCAAUAUUCACUGGGAAACAGUUGCAACUAACCUCGAUGAGUUUCUUGAGAUAUCAGAGAAGUUAUGCAGAAAGGGUCGAGCUGAAUCUGCUAUUGCAGAGUAUCUUAAGACAGAAAUUGUUCCGGCUGUGGAGAAGCUUCAAAAGAAAAAAGAGAGGGACUUCAAACGUCAGCAGAAGAAGGAUGAACUUUUAGCUUUUGCUCACAGCUUCCAACCCCGUUCAUUGCGUGAACGUAGGCGUGUCAGCUACAAUUACUCUGAUUAUGAUCGUUCAAUUGAGGAGGCGAUAAGAGAUGCAUCGAGAGCAAAAGAAUAUGAUUCACAUGAGGCAGGAACAAAAGAGAAGCGUGCUUCACAUCAGGGAGAUAAAGGAGCCAAUGGAAGAUCUAACUUCAAUUCUGAGCACAACAAAGAUGGACAGGAGGAUGCCAUUUACCUAAGUGACCUGAGCUCUGAUGAUGAUGAAGACAGAGACUAUAGUGACAAGGAUGGCAGCUCCGCAAACAGUGAUGGAGACAAUAAUUCUUAUGAUCCCCACAGGAGCGACUUGGAAGAGGAGGAUGCAUUUGUAACACGUAAGAAAACUCGUCUUGCUGCCCGUUUGUUAAAUGACAAACCUCGGCAAGGGCUUCGUCGGAGUCAAAGAAAUGUGAAAAAUUCUAAAGACACUAUGCACCCAGGUCAGCAUACCCCUCAGGCAAUGACAAAGAAAACACUGAGGCAAAGGCCCACACCCGUCUCCAAGCAUCCGGACACUACUUUGUCAGGCUCUGAAGAUGAUCCUGCACUUAACGUUGCAGACUUUGAGGAUGAACCUAAAGAUGAUCUUGCACUGACCGUUGCAGAUUCUGAGGAUGAAUCUGAGUAAUCUUAGUUGAGGGUAUAUGCUGUUUUUGCAUUUUGCCUUGUGGAAGUUUGCGAAUUCUAUAGGUUUAGCGUCAUCAGCUGCUUCCACUUGUACCGGCUAGGGGAAAUCAGACUCAGACAGCACCAGCAUUUUCCCCAUUGCUGAGUAAUCUUCAAAGUCACGGGGGCACCUCUGCCCCACUUCUGUGGUGAAUGUACAUAUGCGUCGAGACUGCGACUCAUCACCACAGACGCCACCAAAAAUCUAGUUUUUAUGAAUACUUAAUUCAGAUUAUUGACCUCCA